AAGGAAACAAAAAUAAAGGGAGCGUAUGUAAACCAAUUUCAGGGCAAAUAUGUACUAGAUUGCAUGCUUAACGAUAAUGAGCUAACCAUGUCUUUAUUUGUAUGAAAAUAAGGGAAAUUGAUUUAUUCUAUCAAUAGGGCUAGCCCUUUCGUUAAAAGUUUCAACCGGCUUGAAUAUGUUCUCAGUAGCCUCCACUGUAGCAUCGGUUUAGUAUUAUUCAAUCGUUGUUCGGAAAAGAUAAACCAAGUUGAUGUAUUUAAUUGUCGUAAUUUGUAAGAAUGUCAAAUUUAACUUCAUCCAUGAUCCAGAAGGUCUCGUCAGGACGUGUGAUUCCGCGAGUGAAUGAUUUGGCAGUGGAAGAUUCGAAUUGGGUUCUAACAUCGUCGUUCAUUAUAUUUACCAUGCAAACUGGUUUUGGAAUGUUGGAAUCUGGAUAUGUGUCGGCGAAAAAUGAAGUCAACAUAAUGAUCAAAAAUAUAAUUGAUAUAGUGUUAGGUGGUGUAACUUAUUGGCUCUUUGGGUAUGCUGUGUCGUCUGGAAGAGGUGAUACAAAUAAUGCUUUUUUGGCUGCGGGUGAUUUUAUGAUCGAUCCAGAUGUGUCAGAUCCUCUCUUUGGACCAAUAUUUGCUGCAUUUUUAUUUCAACUGUCCUAUUCGACAACUGCAACAACUAUCGUCAGUGGAGCAAUGGCGGAAAGAUGCAACUUCAAGGCGUACUGUCUGUUCUCAUUCCUGAACACGAUCGUCUACUGUAUUCCAGCUGGGUGGGUCUGGGGUGAACAUGGAUUCCUCAGUAAUUUGGGAGUGGUGGACAUCGCAGGCAGUGGACCCGUACAUCUCAUUGGAGGAUCUUCAGCAUUCGCGUCUGCUAUGAUGCUGGGGCCACGGCUUGGUCGUUAUGCAAAAGGGACGGAUCCACUACCGUUGGGCAAUCCCGUAAAUGCCUGCAUGGGGUUGUUUGUCCUAUGGUGGGGCUGGCUAGCAUUCAAUUCAGGCAGUACGUACGGUGUGAGUGGAGCUAAAUGGAUUUAUGCAGCUCGAGCUGCCGUAAUGACCAUGAUGGGAUCCUUUGGCGGAGGAACCUUCAGUAUAAUAUAUUCCAUGGUUCGAAAUGAAGGUCGGUUGGAUAUCGUGGAUCUCAUUAAUGGUAUUUUGGCUUCGCUGGUCUCAGUAACUGCCGGUUGUUUCCUAUAUCACGCGUGGGAAGCAAUCAUCAUUGGAGUAAUAGGAUCCGCCUUGUGCUGCUUCAGCAUGCCCUUGUUUGAUAGGAUGGGUGUUGAUGAUCCCGUUGGAGCAAGCGCUGUUCAUGGUGUUGCUGGAAUUUGGGGAGUUUUAGCUGUAGGUUUAUUCGCUGACAAUCCUAUUCCUCUGGAUACAACAAGCGGUCGAUCAGGAUUGUUCAAGGGAGGCGGCUGGUAUUUGCUGGGAGUUCAAUCUUUGUCUGCACUUUGUUUGAUUUGCUGGGGAAUUUGCGUUACGCUUGCACUUUUGUGGAUAAUCAACAAAAUUGUACCAAUAAGAAUGGAUCCCAACGAAGAGCUUCUCGGAGCAGAUUUGAUGGAACACCGGAUUCGACAUUCUCAGAUUGGAAUUUCAAGAGCAUUGUCUGCUCUGGCGCCGCUGAAAAUAGAUUUAGAUGACGCAAUAAAUGCCCCGCCUAUAGGACGAAACCCUGGACACGAACAGUGCAUCGAUGAAGUACGAGCCGCAAGUCAGAAGUUGUAUGAAUGGCGAUCAUUUAUGGAUAAGAUGUCACCUCAAAAGAAGGCAAAUGACCAGCCCAAAGUCACAGAUAACCCAGGGCUUAGUAAGGGCUCAUUUAAGUUGCGUAACAUAAAUCGCAAAAAUAAAAAUGGCACCGAUAACCAUGGCUAUGAGGGAAAAUACUCCCAUGGAACUAGUGGAGCGGAAAAUGGAUUGCGAGCAGGUGGAAAUCAUCUAUUUACGGUUACGAAAUCCGGUGAAAACAGUCAUGGGGAACGUCAUGAUCAAAACUUUGCAUGGAUUGACUAAAAGUGAAUGACAACAGCUAUAAUCUCUUCCAUAUUGAUUAUAGCGAUAAAAAGUGUUUUAUUUUACAGUUCUUAUUUGAUUAUAAAAGUGACUUUGAGUCUCGUGUACGAGAACCGAUUUUGAAAAUAGUGCUUCGUUAUUUAAUGAAAAAUCAAAAACCAAAAAAAUGAGGAAAUGCUUCCACUUUCGCCUUAAGGCCGCUUCGUUAAUAUGGGAAUUACAAUGAAAAACGUUUGUUAUUUGAGGUUUCGCAUUCAGCCGUCUUUAAUAUUUGGCCAUCUGUCGUAAAAUAUUAGAGUUAGGGCAUCAUAUUUCAUUUAACAUUUCGCAGGGAACUGAUUUUAAAACGGAUACAUCAGAGAAAAUUUGUAAAAUUAAAUGAAAACCUACGUUCUCCUCAGAAAUCCCUCAAAUAUUUUGUGCAGUGUGUGAAAAACUAGAAUUAUCAA